AUGAUCAGCUCGGCAGCCCCCCGCGUCGCCCGUCAAGUCGUUGGCCGCAGACUCUUCUCCACCCGCACACCCCUGCGAGCUCACCACCCUUCCAUGACCCAGGAGCUGCAAUCUUUUUUCAAGUCUGAACCCCAUCAAUCCGCCAACUGGAGCAAGAUGGCCAAGACGCGCGCCGUCACCUUUGGCAUCUACGCGACUGGCAUGACCACCGUCCUUGGCUGGCCCUACGCCGCUGCAUGGGCUCUGGAUGGCAAAAUGGGCUCCGGGAUCUGGUAA